AUGCAAAAGAUGUUUAUCGUGAAGAUGAAGAUAAUAAUGAUUCAAUCUGCUGAACAACAAAGACAUAUUUUGAGGAUGCUGGAAAAAUCUUUGGCAAGUGAAAUGGAUCUCGAAAAGAAAAUGACAGCAUUAAGACAAGUUGAAGAAGUGCUAAAUCAAAGGUUGGUCUCAUCAGAACAAGAAGUAUACUGCAUGGGAGAUGAAACAAAAGAUGUUCGGGAAAGAUUGUUUGUGGCGGAUAAUAUGGCUGUGACAAACGAACUAAAAUCCAAUUUGAGAGAUGCUGAAGAUAAAAUAAUUCUUGCCAAUUCAAAAGCCUUUACUUUGGGUGAAAAGGUCAGAUUGCUUGAUAAAGAGCUGAAAGAAUCUGUGUUUCUGUUGCUGAAUGCAAAGUAUUCUGUAGAUGGGAGUCAGGAAGAGCUUAAUGCUCUAUGUUCCAUAAUCAAUGAAACACUCCAGCUAAGUUUGAAAAGUUCAGCUACUCGGCUAAAAUCAAAGCUUGAAGGUUCGAAGGAAGAAUUGAAGGCUAAAGAAAAUUCUUUUAGCAAGCUGGAAAGGAGCAAUGCAAAAUUUAAUGACUUGCUUGUCAGAUUGCUUGAUAAAGAGCUGAAAGAAUCUGAGUUUCUGCUGCUGAUUGCAAAGUAUUCUGUAGAUGGUAGUCAGGAAGAGAUUAAUGCUCUAUGUUGCAUAAUCAAUGAAAUGGAAAAUGUAAUUGCAGAUUCUGAAGUGAGGAUAUGUAAAGCAAAAAGUAAGGCUGAAAAUGCUGAAACCAAGUGUCCAAUAUGGAGAUUAAUGAAGAGCUGGGCCUUCUUAAGAGUGGUCCUCAUGCCUCUGACAAGGUUGAUUUCCUUGAGAGGCAGUUAA